GCUUCGUUAUCCUGAACCCCCUCGACCUCCAAAGCCCCAACCAAAAACCUCGGCGCCGGGCUCCUACCGCACCCUCGCCCUUGCAGCUCCGGCGGACGCCUACCGCCUUACGCGGCAUUGGAAGGUUGCCGACCAUGGCGUCCUGCUCCCAUCCAUGGCGGCUCUUCCCAGGCAUGUCGCCGCCGCCGGCGGCCGGCCCCAUCUCCGCGCCGGCCCCUCUUCGCGCCCAAAAGUACUCGAAGAUGUUUGCCCGUUUGCCACACCGGAGGAGGCCGCUCUUCCUUGGGACGCGACGGGCCAGGAUCAGGUGCGUCAAGGACGAUUCGCUCCAUUUCGACCCGUCGAAGAUCGAGCCACCGCCGUACUCCAGCUACUUGGAUUCCACGUCCGGCCAGCUCGAGCCGGCGUCCGGCGCCCGCGCGAGCAUACCCGGGAAGGAGUACUGGCCGGAGGGCACCGCGGCCCGCGUGCGGGCCGCGCGUGCGCCUGCCCCGGUCGGGGAGUCGGCUGGGGCGCCUUCGUUUGGCACGAAACCCGGGAGCAGGAGGAGAGGGUACAAGGAGCAGGUGACGUCAGCAUCAGGAACGGAGGGUGCGCAGACCGACGACGGCAAGGAUGAUGGUGAACCUGUCGUGGCCAUUGUAGACCCUGGGGAUGAUGCGUCAGAAGAGCCAAAGGAUUCGGCGGAUGAAUAUGUCAUUUAUGAGACACCGGAGGAAGAGGAGUUGAGUGAGUAUGACAUGGACAAGAUGAUGGGGCGGCCGCAUCCAUUCAUUGACCCAGCAAAGGCAAUGUCGCUAGGGGAGCCCAAAACUAGUGAAGAGCUGUGGUGGAACUGGAGGAGGAAGUCUCAGAAGGAGGAAAUGUGGUCAAGAUGGCAGAGGAGGCGUCCAGAUGUUGACACGGUUUUUGCAAAGGCAAUGGCGGAGACUGGGCAAAUUAAAAUUUUUGGGGAUCAUCCUUCCCGGACAGAAGCUGCUCUUGCAAAGACGAGAAGACAUUUGUACAAAGAGGAAAGGUUAGAAGCAGAGCAAAGGAGACUAGAAGAGAUAGGGCCGAUAGCGUACUAUUCAGAAUGGGUUGAAGCUUAUAAAAACAAGGAUACAUCACGCGAAGCCAUACAGAAGCACUUUGAGGAAACUGGUGAAGAUGAGAAUGCUCAACUUAUAAAAAUGUUCCAACACCAGACUGCUGGGGAAUAUCGUAUCAUGAUGGGCACCGAUGUGCGUAUUCAGCGAGACCCUUUGGCCAUGAGGAUGCGGGAAGACCAGAUCAAACAGAUUUGGGGCGGUGAUCCUGUCUAUCCAACAAUUAAUUAUGUUCAGGAUCCUGAAGAAGUGAUUGAUUACAGAGGUCCAGAAUUUCAUGAGCCUACCCCUGAAGUUGUACCUUACCUGAUGGAGCAUGGGAUAAUGAUCACAAAGGAAGAGCUGUAUGCACGUCUGAAUGAAGAGAGAGAUGACAUCAAUCAAGAUAUAACGUAUAUUCCUGAAGUCAAAGAUCCAAUGGCUACUGCUGUUGAUAUAGGAGAGCAUUCUUUUAAUGAAGACAGUGAUGAUGAGGACGAGGAUGUUGACAAAGCUGCUGCACAGCCUGAAUCAGUAGAGGACGGGGAAGAUGAUGCUGAGGAAGGAGAAGACAAAGUGCGCCAGAAUUGGAGUGUUCUAAAGUCUACUGGACAGGCUGAAAAGCCAAAGGAAAAAUCAAAGAAAGGUGAAAUGUCACUAAAAGAAGCCAUUGAUGAUUCCGAGAACCUAACUGACUUUCUUAUGGACUUUGAGGAAGACGAGUAACACACUGGGCAUUUUGCCAUUCUGUGCAUCACAGAUUCUCGAUUACUUACUUCCGGGGGCCCAUAUCCACUAGGGGCGAUGAAGACAACCGGAUGGCCACAAAACUCUACCUGCUCAACUGGGCCAAUCAUGUUGGAGAACGAUAUGGUUGUAUGGGAGAUCAUACGAUGGAAGAUAGCUCCAGCUGCCUGUUUUGAUUCGCAGUGUUGCAAUCUAUCAGAAACAAGAAGUGCAAAUCCAACGUUCUGGCAUAUCGCUCGGAACUCGACAACCAUUUGCAUGCUCAUAAAACUAAAAGAAACUAGAGAUGACAGUGACACCUAACUGUACCGUGCUAACUCUCUCCAGAUAACGAGUAACAGAAUUAAUCAUUUAUUCAUCGAUAUGAGCUUGGCCAUUUGGAUGUUGGAUCUAUGUUAGCCUGGUUACACCGUAAAUAAGAUGUUUCAACCAGGCUUCAGUUA